AGGCGUGGUGAUGUGUACAUCUUCUAGUGAUCUUCACACCGAGUGUCGGCCAUCCUUCCACGGUCUGACUCGGGGGCUACACGACCGAUCUACGUGAGAUACUAGAGGAUCUACGUCAUGAACGGCCUCAUCUGUUUUGUCGCCGUCUGCAUCGGCAUUGCAAAUGCACAGUUACCAGCUCGAUGCGGUGAAGAGGCAUUAACUGGAAGAAUUUUGGGAGGUCAAAACGUUUUGAAGUGCACGUGGCCUUAUACCCCUCUCGUCAGCAUCCGGAUCUACUACAACUCCAACUUUGGCAACGACUUCAACUUUGGUAACCUCACGAUCUGUGGUGGAGCAAUCAUCAGCGAUCAGUACAUUCUAACUUCAGCGGUGUGUGCUGCUCCAUUAUACGGGCCAGGUGCAGCAGUUGUACGUCAGUCGACAAGAGUUGUCAUCGGAGACUUUGACUCCAGACUCGAAGACUUUGGCAAUGACGGUCGUCCCGAAGAUGUCAUAGAGCUGGAGGAAGUAAAGAUUCACAGGGACUAUGACAACAUCACUACAAGCAAUAACAUUGCUCUCUUCAAACUGCGAACCCGUAUCCAGUACAACAACUGUAAACUCCCGGCCUGUCUGGAACCUCAACGCACCUCAACCUCAAGCUCAUGUGACGUACCGGAAGUAGAUGAUACAUGCAUCAUGGCUUCCGUUGGACUGAAAAGUCCCAACGACGCAGAGGCAUCUAAUAUUCCCCAACAGGCUCCCAUCAAGCUGUACAGCAGACAGGUGACCGAAGCAAUUGCCAAGCAAGUUCCUAACAACAUUCUCCCUGCUGGCACCGUCAUUGGCCGUACUGAAAGCCCAGCUGUCCAAGCCUGUCUGUUCGACUGGGGCGGUAUUGUGGUGUGCAGAAAGUCCAACAAGUGGUGGCUGAGAGGCAUCAUCAGCACCAACAACUGCCUGGUCAGCAACGGCGGAACGGCCACACCCGAGCCUCCAAUCUUCAUCACCGAGGUGGCAAACUACAGGCAGUGGAUCGAAAGCUGUGUGAACAACAUUUUCACUUGUCCCACCCUAUAAGUGAAGAAGGAUUUGCUGGUCUCCAUCCGAGCUAUGACGGGAAACCUGUGACCAAGAAACGCACCAAAUACACUAGUUCACAUAAUGCUAUUGUUUCCUAUCUGAAUGCAUCUGCGGCUGCCAUUUAUGAUGUACAUACAACCGUUGCUAUUACAUGUCUUGUGUGGUUUGUUCAUGUUGAAAAAAUAAAUUUGUAAGGAAUGUCAA